AUGACUCAUCUCAUGAUGGAGGCCGUCAUACGAGCAACAUCUCUCAUCUCUUUGACCUCGUCUUUCUCCCUCACUGUCAUUGUUCCCUCUUCAAAUAACUUCCAUGGUGCCGCCUUCAAACAUCCACAAACAGAUCGAACACCAUCAGUAAAAAUAAAAAAGAAGAGAGAAAUAAAACAACCACCAAUGUGUAUCUCGUCCGCAACCAUCAUAUCCUUUGCAAACAAAAGGUCACUUGUCAUCCAUCUCUACCAUCUCAUCCACUCUACCACCACCAGGGAAGUCGCAUGUAUCUUGGCCAUGCUCUUCUUCUAA